AGGCUUUUCAUUUAUCCCAAGCUGCUUUCUGGAAUCAGCCAGUUUCUGGAACCCACUCAGCAGUUAAAGAGCAUGGGCUUCCUGCAUCGUUGUCCUCACACUGAGUGUUAAAAUCUUUGCGAAUCUCCUAGAAGUUUUGCCUUGUCUUAUGGUGUAAUGGUUAGGCGGCUAGACUGGCGUCAUACAGACCUGGGGUCUUGACCUUAUUCUGCCAACUGGGAGCUCCCUUUCCGGGCUCUUGAGGAUUAAAUCCAAUCUUAGUAUAAGCCCUUUAGAGAAUGCUUGACACUUGAAUCAAGUAGGACCUCUUCACACCGGCGCGGACCGGAAGGUCCCUGGAUGGAGACUGAGGCGGCGGGGCGGAGCCGGGCCUGAGGGUGGCCAAUCACGAACCGAGGCGGUGAUGCCGCGCCUUCUCAGAUCCCCAUCUUAAAAGGGCAUAGAAAGGGCGCGGGGACGUUUAGUCGGCCGGUCCUGACCCCUGCUGUUGGAGUCGUAAAUACUUCCGAGCGUGUGUGAGUGGAAGGGACGGACUUUUCGCCCUCUCACGCCUCCACCUGGCCCCGGCCCCAUCCCCGCCGUGGGCCCCGCAGGCCGGCGCGGCCCCUUUAAGAGCCUCACCAGUCGGACGCCGGAGGUCGCGGCGUUCUUUCCGCACAGCGAGUUGCCCUCUGUCCACGCUUCGGACACAGUCCCCGAGCAUGCAGGCGCUGCGGGCUGGCUUGACCCUGGCGCUGGGCGCGGGGCUGGGCGCAGCCGCUGAGGGCUGGCGGCGGCGGCGGGCGGACGCACAGGAGGCGCCGGGGCUGCUGAGCCGGCUGCCCGUGCUGCCCGUGGCAGCGGCGGCUGAGCUUCCAGCCGUGUCCGGGGCCCUGGCGGGCGGCAGCCCGGGCGAGCUGGCCAAGUACGGGCUGCCCGGCCUGGCGCAGAUCAAGAGCCGCGAGUCGUACCUGCUGUGUUAUGACUCGCGCACCCGCGGCGCGCUCUGGGUUGUCGAGCAGCUGCGGCCCGAGCGGCUCCGCGGCGACAGUGACCGUCGCUCCUGCGACUUCCGUGAAGACGACUCGGUGCAUGCGUACCACCGCGCCACCAACGCCGACUACCGCGGCAGCGGCUUCGACCGCGGCCACCUGGCCGCCGCCGCCAACCACCGCUGGAGCCAGAAGGCCAUGGACGACACCUUCUACCUGAGCAACGUCGCGCCCCAGGUGCCCCACCUCAACCAGAAUGCCUGGAACAACCUGGAAAAGUACAGCCGCAGCCUGACCCGCACCUACCAAAAUGUCUAUGUCUGCACGGGGCCGCUUUUCCUGCCCAGGACGGAGGCUGACGGGAAGUCCUAUGUGAAGUACCAGGUGAUUGGCAAGAACCACGUGGCAGUGCCCACCCACUUCUUCAAGGUGCUGAUCCUGGAGGCAGCAGGCGGGCAGAUCGAACUCCGCUCCUAUGUGAUGCCCAACGCACCUGUGGAUGAGACAAUCCCGCUGGAGCGCUUCCUGGUGCCCAUCGAGAGCAUUGAGCGGGCCUCGGGGCUGCUCUUUGUGCCAAAUAUCCUAGCACGGACCAGCAACCUUAAGGCCAUCACUGUGGGCAGCAAGUAAGGGGCAGCCCCAGCCAGACUGUGGGGUUGUCGGGGCUAGGUCAAAUUAAAGGUGUUUAUUUUUGGA